AUGGACCUGCAAUUUCUGUCAAGAAGAAAAGUAGUAUAUCUAACAAUAUCUGACACGAUAAAUACAAAUCCCAUAUGUGCCUCCUGGAUUCAAUCUGUCUCAGUCCACAUACACCUCGUUUGCGUGGCAGGAAUAAACAAAUUGUUCUAUGAUCUCACCAUUCUAACAGACCCAUUUAAUGCUAACUUAUUCACCGCCUACUUAACGGGACAAGAUAAACAAACUAAAGACAAUCUAUCUAGUUUCUCUUGUGAUUCCUUUGUCCCCAUAUCCAGCGCAGCAUCAUCCAUAGAAAGGAAAGAAAGGGAAGAAAGGGAAGAGGGAGAAAAGAAGGGGGAAAAUCAUACUGCUUUAAAGACAAAUGAUAGUGAUGAUGGAGAAGAAGAAAAAUGA